AUGGAAGGACCCCUCAGCGUCCCGCCUGACCGGGGCACUAUCAUUGGGAGAGCUCUGUGGAAGGUGCGAUAUGUAAUCGUAGGAGGAGCGAACCGAGAGCACACACAACCCGCACCCGUCAGCCGGAUGCAGUCGAACCGUAGCUCAACACCCCGAGAGUUUUUCAAGGCCCCUCCAGAAGGCAUCUAUCUCUCCAUCUACAAGUCCAAGGACGACGCGGAGCCAAUACAGCAGCAUGCCAUCAGUACGAUCAGAGAUUGCCAAGUCCAGAUGUUGGCGCAUCGCAAACAAGGACCCGUCUUGCCGACCCUGGUCAUCAACGUUGUCCCCGACCCAGCAUUGGACAAGGCGCGCAAACGGCGCUCAAGCAGAACUACAGGAUUCACUGCCUCCAAGGAGACGGGGCCUACCACAUUGCUGUUCCGCUCUGCAGAAGACUCGCCAACCCUCCAGGAAUGGGCGCGGUUCAUUCAGCAACUCAUCCAGCCUCAUGUGCCAGAAAGAGCGCCGCUGAGCCCGGUGACGCCGGCUUCACCAACUUUCAUCAACCCCUUUAGCCCCCGUCCAAGGGAACCCAGCGAUUCGCUUAACAGGCCCGACAGUCGGAAUAGCGGCUCUCGUCCGGGUUUCUUCAGAGCUCAAAGCACGAUACAAUCCGGCCGUGACCGACCGAUGACCUUUUCGGAUUCGCCGAGCCUGCGCUCAAAACGGAGCGACAUUUCCUCACAAACGAAUUCGAUGAUUCAGACUCACAUUGGCUACCACAACUACACCUCGGUCCUUCCCGGUGACCUCCCGUCCCCGGCAACAACCGUUGGUGAAUAUCAAGGUGAAUUCAUCGAAGGUUGGACCUCGGCACAGGGCAGGUCAUCUACGCUCAGCUCGCCCGCCAGGGGGCGUGACAGCAUCGGGUCGCAGACACCGGCCCCUCUCCAGCCAAUACUCGAUUCCGGAUCGGCCCCGGGCCCACGAGAAACUAUCUUGGAUAGGGCUUUCCAGUUGCGCUGCAUUCCUGGGUCGGAGCGCGAGAUCCCUGGGGAGGAGAAGUUGAGCUCUUUGGCUCGGUUUGACGCUUUAAUGCGAGAAAUGGAUGAGAAGAAAAAACAGCGCGAAGCCGAGACGCCAAAACCAAGGCAGGAGGUGGCCGCCGCAGCAAGUACUAAAGCAGGGGAUUCCGGACUGCGGAGCGUCUGGGACUCGGAUUCGGACUCGGACACUGAAGAGUUGGAUGAAGAGGAUGAUGACAGCGACGGGUUCGUUGGGGACCUUGAAGGAGACAUUGAGGCCCGAUUUUCAGUGCCGCCAACAUCAGCCCAGCGAGCCUUAAAUUUCAUUGCCGGCCGGGAUGGAUCGGGGACGCGACCGCGAGUCUACAGUACCAGGGGCCAGCCAGCAUACAAUGAAGAGGCCCUCAUGGCUUUAUCGAGCGCCGCUCCCACUCCACUGCGGCCCCAGACAGGCUACUCGGGUACUCGAAGCAGGCCAGGAAUGGCCCAGAGGACACAUAGCCAGCCGCAGUUAACAACCAUUAUAGCGUCCUCUCCAACAUCUCAAGAUGGCAGCGGGCUUCUCUUCCCAACCAGCGCAGCACAGCUCCCUGAGGAGGGAGGUUCUGCCCUAGGCCGCGCGUCGCCCGUGCCAGGGCGGGCCCGCAGCUCGACCGAGCAUCGACGGUCGGCGUCCAGCGCUAAACGACUUAGUUUUGGCGAGUUUACCAGGCGACUCAGCAGCACCAGCAGCCUGCUCUUGGUGCAACCCAACACCAGCGGCGCCAGCAGCCGCGCGAGCAACAGCGAUCUGGAUACAGCCCCGCUACCGCAGCAGCCACUUCCGCAACCGUCGCACCAUCUGCACCCCAGAGCUGCCCCGCCGCCGCCUCAGCAUCAGCAGCCGCCUCUUUUAGGAGGCGAGCGAGAACGAUGCGGAUGGCGAGGCAGCGUCGGGGUUUUUGGAGGUGGUGAGAACGGCUUCCUCUGA